AUGCCAGAGGGCAUUGAUGCCGUCACAGACUGUGGUCUGCCGGCUCUGGGCAUCGCAUGCAUCAGGGGCUACGUCGAUUGUGCCAGGACUUUGAUCCAGUGCAGUGCCUCGCCAGAACAGCUCGAUGCCCGGGGCAACGGCCCAGUGCAUUGGGCAGCAGCGAGCUAUGCUGAUAAAAGCGCGAACGAUCUGGCCGAGAUGCUGCUGGAGGCGGGUGCAGACCCUUUUGCUUGCAACGGGAGCGGCCAGCUGCCCGACAUCCCGAACCUGCAGGACAUGGCGCUAGCACAGGCUGCUGCCCAUCGCCAGCAGGUGCCACGCACCUCCGCGGGCGGCGCCGCCCGCGCGGUUCGGUCCCAGCAACCCAAGAGGCGUGCAGAGCGCCCCGCUCCUCUGGAGAGCACCGAAGGUCUGCUUCCAGUGGAGCAGGAAGAGGAGGAGCUGCCGAACUAUUUCUGCAUCCGCUUGGAGAAGGGCAGCGGCCCCGGCGGUCUCCUGGCUUCCCUGGGGGCAGCGCUGAAGCCGCCGGUGCGCGACCGAGCGGGAAUCCUGCGUCGGGCGGAGGCGCGACGGACGGUCCACCUCAGCCCUGAUGAGGAGGAUGCUGGGCUGUGGUCCGAGUGGGUCACGAACUACACGCACGCUGGCUUGGAGCGCGCUGUCUCGACGGCCGAACCGCCUUCCUGCGACCCCACGAACAGCCAGCGAAAUUCGCAGGCAUUGGUGCUCACUUCAGAGCGUGUGCUUUUCUUGCGCUGUGGCAGCCGGGCGGCAAUGGCCACGGGAUGGUCGGUGGCAGAAGGAGUGGCGCUCUCUGGCCUUCGGCAGGUCAUUGUGCCACAGCGCUGCGAAACCUUGCUGCUUAUUCGGAUCCGCAGCAGCGCAGACAUCCUGCUCAACUUUCCUCCCGGGUCCAGGGAUGCCUUCUUGGAGGAACUCUGGCAGGCUAUGGUGCGAGCAGGAUGGCCUGGUCUGCACGUAACCGAGUCUGACAGCCCAGAUGAGCCGCCGAAGGAUUUCGUGGUGGUGGAUCCGGACGCAGUUCUCCCUUUGCUGGACCUGUCCGGGCAGCGUCAGGAAGCAGCCGUUGGCACGCUGGCCUUCGUGGAGCCCAACGUCUUCGCGCUGCUGCCGCGUGCAUCUGCAUCGCUGCUGCUCUCCGGGGCAGAGACGGCCCGCUUUGGCUUUAUGGAUUUGCAGCGGCGCGUCCAGCCGAAGGCCGCCGGCGCUGGGGUCUGCUGGCAGUGGCAGCGGCAUUUCUUUGUUCUCAAGGCUGGGCGGCUGAAUGACCGCUGCAUCGGCUGGUGCCGCCACCCUAACAGCGAGAAAUGGUCGGGGCAAGUGCUCCUGCAGAACAUCACACAGGUCCGCUCAUUUCGCGGAUCCGCCAAGGAAGCGUGCCUCCUCAUCGAGAGCCGGGGCCAGGCACCGAUCACUGUCAAGGCACGGAACAGCAAG